GAAAAUGCAUUCUCCCUAAUUCCAAGGGCUUGUUUGGGAGGAAAGCGAAACCAGCUUCUUCAAUUUCUUCGGUAAAAUAACUUGUUAAGCAUUUCCAACUAUGGGGCAACGCAUACUGCCACGCCCUACCACUCUUAGCCCUUAGAUUUCCUUUUAUAUAUCUUCUGAGGUUUAUCAUCCAUUUUAACCACAACUCACAUUGAACCUUGUUUACGCCUCAGUAUUGAAACCAGAGAAGCCUUUGUUUUCUAAGGUAUUUCACAAUGUUACAAAGAUGGAACAGGGCUUUUUCUCAUUUGUCAAGACUGGGAUCACAGUCACAGAAGAACUUGAAUCUUAGAAAUGAUUUCUAUGUCAUUUCACGUCAAAGUUAUAAGAAGGCUGCUGCAACUGCAACUGUGGCUCCUACUACUUCUGAUAACGUUGAAAUGAGAUUUCCAAGAAAUGAAACUGCGGUUAAUCUUGAUAAAAUGUUUUGGUCCAAGCCCUGCUCAUUGGCUUUGGAUCCCUCUUCCCCACUGAGAAUUGAAGAGCCAAAAUAUGAGGGCAUUAAGCAUGUUAUGCUCAAGCUGAUGCUGUUUUAUUCUAAACAAAGCAGAUCUAUUAGGGGGGCAAAUGCAGUUUACUCGCGGAUUACCUCCCAAGUUGAUGAACCUGCAAUUUAUGAAGUGUUCAACUUAGAGAAGACCUUUAAAACAACUUUUUCUUUACUCGUGCUUCACAUGUGGCUUUGCUUACGCCGCUUGAAAGAAGAGGGAAAAGAAGGUGUUGAAUUUGGGCAGUACUUAUAUGAGAUUUACAAUCAUGAUGUGGAGCUUAGAGUAUCUCAAGCUGGGGUUAACUUGCUAUUGACUAAAUGGAUGAAGGAUUUAGAGAGAAUAUUCUAUGGAAACAUCGUUGCUUAUGAUGCCGCCAUUGUUCCAGAAGCUAAACAAGAUGAGCUUCCAAAUGUCAUAUGGAGGAAUGUUUUCUCUGAUGAUGGUUCAUUAAAGCCAGAUGCUGCUGCAGCUCGGACAGUUCAGGCAAUGGCGAGGUAUGCUUCUCGAGAAGUUAGUUGUCUGUCAUUAACAGAUAAAGAUGCUAUGUUUUCUGGAAACUUUACAUUUACACCAUUGAAGAAUGUGAAGGCAAAACACGUUUAGCUAAGAUGAUGCAGAUUUAAUCUUUUCAAAGUUUAUGAUACAUAUUUGUUUAUUUUUUUUUCAAUUAAAUGAAUCAUUAUUACUUAAAAAGGAAAAUAGUUGAAUGUAAAAGCCCAUGUAUUGGUGUACUUCAAAAGAGAUGAUCCUUUUAUUUCAAAAGAAAAGAUGAUAUUUAUUUAGGCC